AGACCUUCUUCCACAUCCCCUGACGCCGGAUCAGUCGCGUAAAGAGGGCAUGUUCUUCAAGAUCAAACCUCGGAUGAAAUGAAUCCCUUAUUUCCCCUGUGGCAUGAAGGCAUACGAUGAAUGAAAGCGUGGAUAUGAUGGCCAAAAAGGACUUGAUCAACAAUGCGCAGUCGCACCACAUGAUAAAGGGUGCUGCUACGAUGGUCUACCAAGCCUUAUCCACCACAAACAAAAAGCCACUCAGCGAUAGGUGGAACACUUCACGUUGCCACUAUUCCACGUAGCACUUAAAAAGCUGAUAUAACUUCUCGAAAAGCUGUCCCAUCUCUUGUCUUCUCUCCAUUUUCUCGAUUUUCAUCGAUUAUUUCCACAAAGAAAAAAAAAAUGAUCCCUCUUGGCCGUUCAAUUCCAAAUAUCACAGGCCCAACUGGCACUCCGUCCGGCGACAGCGCACAACUAUCAAAUCAGACGGCGCAGGAAUAUAAUUUCCAGCGCCGUCGGUCUUCUUUGGAUGCCAUUAUGGGUCAUCUAAAAUACGUUGGUCAGUUUCCUGGCCGAGUCCUCCAAGAUCUGUCCCAGCCUUUGUCGGCCGCUCCACGUCCAAUAGGCCAAAACUUUCCUCCUCAGCUGAACUCUCAGACAUCAUUGACGUCGUUGGGAGGCUCAAUGGCGGAUUUGGGUGCCUCAACAAACACCCAGGCACCUGCUAAUACGACUGGAGCCGGAAAGCUGGCCAAUGCUGAAGCUUUUUUGUCGGGAGUCUGAAAGCUUACUCUUACGCAGUCUAAAUAGGACAUAUUUAGUCGGAGAGCUAGGAAUUCCCUCUUGUACGUAGGCUUGGGGUUAUGUAAAAAUGUUGUACAUCUGGCCCCAAGCCUUCGCUUCGUGCCAAUCUCCCCGUUAAAUCACAUUUGACUAGGUAUAGUCCGCAUGUGUAGUCCGCAUGCAAAGUUAUUGAGACACCAAACAUGAUAAUCAAUAAAUGCUUUCCUAAACACUGCCAGACUAC